AUGUGCAGUAAUCUUCCAUUUCUUACUAUGCUUGGUCUUUCUGGCAAUCAGCUGAGUGGCGCGAUUCCCACAAAUCUAUCCCAAUGUUCAGGGCUUGAGUUGUUGGGCCUCUCUUACAACUCUUUUAGUGGGGAGAUACCUUCAGAAAUCGGCUACUUAACAUCUCUUCAGAUUCUAUAUCUUGGUGGUAACAAUUUGAAUGGAAUACUACCACAUGAGAUUGGCCAUCUUCAGAGUUUGGUUGAGUUCGGUGCUGAAGGGCUUAUUCCCACUGAAUUUGGCCAACUUUACCAUUUGGAGAGAUUAUCAUUAUCAUUCACCAGCUUGAGUGGUUCGAUUCCACAUGAGCUCUUUAACAUUUCAACUCUUCGGAUUCUUGGACUUAACGACAAUGCUCUGUCAGGGGUUCUUCCAACCCAUUUAUGCCAUGCCUCUCCCUUUCUUGAAGAACUUUAUCUUGCCAAUAAUUCUAUCACCGGAGCAAUACCCAACUCCAUCUCUAACUGUUCUCAACUCACAAUUCUCUCACUUUCUGAAAACAAAUUCAGUGGUUAUAUACCUACUCAUCUCGGCAACCCAAGGCAUCUCCAACUUCUUCAACUGAACAGCAACAAUCUUACCCAGGCACCAUCUUCUUCCUUCAUUACUUCAUUGACAAAUUGCAAGUCUCUAACUAUUUUGUCAAUUGGUGAUAAUCCUCUAAAUGGUGUCAUUCCAGCUUCUGUCGGAAACUUAUCUUCCUCACUUCGAAUAUUCAUUGCCAACAACUGCAAAUUCAGUGGCAGCAUUCCUGUUGAAAUUGGCAAUUUAAGCAAUUUGAUGACAUUGGCUUUGCAUGGCAAUGAGUUAUCUGGUAAUAUUCCACUAACUAUAAGCCAUUUGCAUGAACUUCAAGGAUUAUAUCUGAGUGAUAACAGGUUGGGAGGCUCAAUACCACAUGCUAUAUGUGAUAUAUUCAGCCUCAAUACUUUAGUUAUGAGCAAGAAUCAAUUUUCAGGCACAAUUCCUAAAUGUUUGGGAAAUAUCUCUUCUUUAAGAAAUCUUCUUCUAGACUCCAACAUUUUGAAUUCAAGCAUACCAUCAAGCUUAUGGGGCCUAAAAGAUUUGAUCACUCUAGACUUGUCCUCAAAUUCAUUAAAUGGGUCACUACCUCUAGAGAUGAGUAACUUAGGAGCAGCGAUCUAUGUAAACCUAUCGAUGAAUCAGUUGUCAAAGUCUAUUCCUAGCACUAUUGGGAAGUUGCAGAAUUUGAUCAAUCUGUAUUUGGCAAAUAAUAGACUAGAAGGUUCUAUUCCUGUGUCUAUGGGAAGCAUGAUCAGUUUGGCAAAUCUCGACUUGUCGUACAACAACCUCUCUGGUUCAAUUCCAAAGUCUUUAGAAACACUUCAACACCUCGACUACUUUAAUGUCUCUUUUAAUAGUUUAAGUGGAGAAAUUCCUAAUGGAGGUUCUUUUAGAAACUUCACUAUGGAUUGUUUUAAGGGUAAUGAGGCAUUGUGUGGAAUCCCCAAGUUCCAUGUCCAAAUUUGCUCUUCAAUUUCUAAUCACAGAUCAAAGAGAAAGAAGGUGGAACGAGCUUCAUUUAUUGUUUUCGGGAUUGUGGCUUUCAUCUCAGUUGUUUCUUUAGCCUUUAUAAUUGUCAAAAACAAAAGGAAAGAUAAGACGACAGGCAGAGAAGUUGAUGAGCUGAAAUCCAUUGUGCCAGAAAGAAUCUCUUAUUAUGAAUUGUUGCAAGCAACGGAAAGAUUCAAUGAAAGCAAUUUACUUGGCACCGGGAGUUCUUGCUCUGUUUAUAAGGGAAUUCUUAACAAUGGGAAGGAUAUCGUUGUCAAGGUGUUUAAUAUGCAGCUAGAAGGUAUUUCAAGAAUAUUUGAUGUCGAAUGUGAGAUACUGCGUAGCAUUCGACACAGGAGUCUGACAAGCGUCAUAAGCAGUUGCUCCAAUGAAGAGUUCAAGGCAUUAGUACUUGAAUAUAUGCCAAUGGGAAACCUUGAAAAAUGGUUAUAUUCCCACAACUAUUGCUUGAAUAUGAUGGAAAGAUUGAAUAUAAUGAUUGAUGUUGCAUCUGCUUUGGAGUAUCUUCACCACGGUUGUUCAAUGCCCAUUGUCCACAGCGACUUGAAGCCUAGUAAUGUGCUGUUAGAUGAAGACAUGGUUGCCCAUGUAAGCGACUUUGGGAUAGCAAAGUUGUUAUGCGAUGGAGAUAGCUCUGUGUUAACCAACACGCUAGCAACAUUGGGUUACAUCGCUCCAGAGUAUGGUUUGGAAGGGCUAGUUUCAACAAGGUGUGAUGUGUAUAGCUACGGGGUGAUGUUGAUUGAAACUUUUACAAGAAAAAGGCCUAGUGAUGAUAUGUUUUGCGGAGAUAUGAGCUUAAAGAGAUGGGUAGAACUCUCACUUUCGGAGAUCCCGGAUGAAGUGAUAGAUGCCAACUUAGUCAUGAAUUUGGAGGAAGAAAUGAUUGACAAGAAUAUCCAGUGUGUAUCAUCCAUACUUGAAUUGUCUCUAAAAUGCUCUGCCGACUCUCCUGGGGAUAGAAUCAACAUGAAACAAGCACAUGCAGAGUUGCAGAAAAUCAAAAAACGAUUUUCCCAAUGAGAUUCAAGUAAGCUAUUUCAAAGUUCUAAGAUAAUAUUGUUCUAUUAUUAUUUUAUUGUUGCUCAAGGUUUUUCUAUCCAAUUUUUCUCCAUAUUUUAUGUUCUUGAGUUUACAUAUUUUAUGCUCAAAAUAAAAUUGAUGCUUAGUUGUUUAUAUUGUGGCCAACAGAACAAUAUUUGCAUUAACCAAAAGCUCACACUUGAAUUGAGAAGGUAUGCUAGCUAUAUCUGGAAUAAUUGUGUCUCUGUUUCUUCCUAUGCUUUAUAUCCAGUAGUAUUCUAUGUUCUUGAGUUUACAUAUUCUCUUUUUUCUUGUGUUUUACUUUCCAGAGGCAUGUGCAGGUCAUAUGCUCACUUCAUCCAUACUCUUAUUAAUGAUUAAUUAAUGAUAAUUUAAUUAUGUACUCUUAUUAAUUUGUUGUCUUAAUGUGAAAGUAAAAUGUAAUAUACUACUAAGUAAUAUGGGUUGGAUUUUGAACAUGCAUGUUGUAUAUGAGCUGGAUUUUAUUUGUUGAUAAUUUGGGUUGCCAAUUUAACUUUUCGUUACAUAUUGUGUUUUGAAUGGAUAAUUAUGAAAUCA